UCCGCGUCACCCUAGUCCCGGCUCAGCCGACGUGCUGGGAGAUGGCUGGCCAGGGCGUGCACGCGCAGACGUAAGCUGUGCUUGGCCGAUACUUGCUAGGCGCCUGUCACAUGAGCCUCGCGCCCGCACCUCUCCCCCUACUCCCUGCUGGGCUGUGAAUGAAGCUCUGCUGGCUACGUGGGGCGCUAGCUCAAUUUGGUGUCUGGACGCCAGAGCUGACUGAGCGCUCGGCCGGCCGGCGGCGGACUCGGGCUCCGCCGCUCCUGACCUCGGCGACAGAGCAAAUCAGUUUCCUGGAGUGCCAAGUGAAGUUGUUCAUGUGCCCGUGUGAUAACGUCAGUGUAAGGUACCCUAAAUAAGUGAGAUAAAUCCAGAAGUGUGGAGCAUAAAACGCCGGUUUGGGAUUUGAGCAUCUCACAGAAAGUAAGAUCACGCAUCUCACAGAAAGUAAGAUUUGAGCAUCUCACAGAAACACACAUAUCACAGAAAGUAAGAUCACAGCUGCUGUUACCUCUAUAUCCCAGUCAAGCCCCCCCCCCCACCGCUACAAAACUGGGGAACUCUGGGAGACUCUGAGCCUGAGACCCCAACGUGGCAAAGGAUAGGAUAAAGAUGGCCAUGUGGCAGGGAGCCAUGAAUAACAGAGGCUUUCAGCAGGGGAGUUUCAGUGGUUUCCGGAGGAGCUCCAGUGAUGAAGACUUGAUGGACAUACCCGGGACAGCUAUGGAUUUCUCCAUGAGAGAUGAUGUUCCUCCCUUAGAUAGAGACAUAGAAGAGGACAAAUCAUACAAUGGUGGAGGAAUAGGUUCUUCGAAUAGGAUGAUGGACUUCUUGGAGGAGCCAAUCCCCGGUGUGGGGACCUAUGAUGAUUUCAAUACAAUUGAUUGGGUGAGAGAGAAGUCUCGAGACCGGGAUAGGCACCGAGAGAUUACCAAUAAAAGCAAAGAGUCAACAUGGGCCUUAAUUCACAGUGUGAGUGAUGCUUUUUCUGGCUGGUUGUUGAUGCUACUUAUUGGGCUUUUUGCAGGUUCCCUAGCUGGCUUGAUAGACAUCUCUGCUCAUUGGAUGACAGACUUAAAAGAAGGUAUAUGCACAGGGGGACUCUGGUUUAACCAUGAACACUGUUGCUGGAACUCCAAGCAUGUCACGUUUGAAGACAGAGACAAAUGCCCAGAGUGGAAUAGCUGGUCCCAGCUUAUCAUCAGCACGGAUAAGGGAGCCUUUGCCUACAUAGUCAAUUAUUUCAUGUACGUCCUCUGGGCUCUCCUGUUUGCCUUCCUUGCUGUAUCACUUGUCAAAGUGUUUGCACCUUAUGCUUGUGGCUCUGGAAUUCCUGAGAUAAAAACUAUCUUGAGUGGUUUCAUUAUUAGGGGCUAUUUGGGUAAGUGGACCCUGAUUAUCAAAACCAUCACAUUGGUGCUGGCAGUGUCAUCUGGCUUGAGCCUGGGCAAAGAGGGCCCUCUAGUGCAUGUGGCUUGCUGCUGUGGGAACAUCCUUUGCCACUGCUUCAACAAAUACAGGAAGAAUGAAGCCAAGCGCAGAGAGGUCUUGUCGGCUGCAGCGGCAGCUGGUGUAUCUGUAGCCUUUGGGGCACCUAUCGGCGGAGUAUUAUUCAGCCUAGAAGAGGUCAGCUAUUAUUUUCCCCUCAAAACAUUGUGGCGUUCAUUCUUUGCUGCCUUGGUGGCAGCAUUUACUCUACGCUCUAUCAAUCCGUUUGGGAAUAGUCGCCUGGUUCUAUUUUAUGUGGAGUUUCACACCCCAUGGCAUCUCUUUGAGCUUGUACCAUUCAUUCUGCUGGGCAUAUUUGGUGGUCUGUGGGGAGCUUUGUUUAUCCACACAAACAUUGCCUGGUGUCGGAAGCGCAAGACCACACAGUUGGGCAAGUACCCUGUCAUAGAGGUACUCGUUGUGACAGCCAUCACUGCCAUCCUGGCCUUCCCCAAUGAAUAUACCCGGAUGAGCACAAGUGAACUCAUUUCUGAGCUGUUUAAUGAUUGUGGCCUUCUGGACUCCUCCAAGCUCUGUGAUUAUGAGAACCGUUUCAACACAAGCAAGGGGGGUGAACUGCCCGACAGACCGGCUGGUGUAGGCGUCUACAGUGCCAUGUGGCAGCUGGCCUUGGCACUCAUACUGAAAAUUAUCAUCACUGUAUUCACUUUUGGCAUGAAGAUCCCUUCUGGCCUCUUUAUCCCUAGCAUGGCUGUUGGUGCUAUAGCAGGUCGACUUUUAGGAGUAGGAAUGGAACAACUGGCUUAUUACCACCACGACUGGGCCAUCUUCAAUAGCUGGUGUAGUCAAGGAGCUGACUGCAUCACCCCCGGCCUUUAUGCAAUGGUCGGGGCUGCCGCCUGCUUAGGCGGGGUGACUCGAAUGACUGUUUCUCUUGUUGUCAUAAUGUUUGAACUAACUGGUGGCUUGGAAUACAUUGUGCCUCUGAUGGCUGCAGCCAUGACAAGCAAGUGGGUGGCAGAUGCUCUUGGGCGGGAGGGCAUCUAUGAUGCCCACAUCCGUCUCAAUGGUUAUCCCUUUCUGGAAGCCAAAGAAGAGUUUGCUCAUAAGACCCUGGCAAUGGAUGUGAUGAAACCCCGGAGAAAUGAUCCCUUGUUGACUGUCCUUACUCAGGACAGUAUGACCGUGGAAGAUGUAGAGACCAUAAUCAGUGAAACCACUUACAGUGGCUUCCCAGUGGUGGUGUCCCGGGAGUCCCAAAGACUUGUGGGUUUUGUCCUCCGAAGAGAUCUCAUUAUUUCAAUUGAAAAUGCUCGAAAAAAACAGGACGGAGUGGUGAGCACUUCCAUCAUUUAUUUCACUGAGCAUUCUCCUCCAAUGCCACCAUACACCCCACCCACCCUGAAGCUUCGGAACAUCCUGGAUCUCAGCCCCUUCACUGUGACUGACCUUACACCCAUGGAGAUCGUAGUGGAUAUAUUCCGCAAGCUGGGACUGCGGCAGUGCCUGGUUACACACAAUGGGCGAUUGCUUGGAAUCAUUACCAAAAAGGAUGUUUUAAAGCAUAUAGCACAGAUGGCGAACCAAGAUCCUGAUUCCAUUCUCUUCAACUAGAAUCACAAGGUUGUGCUGGAUAUAAAACAGGAAGGACAUUGCGGACUAUGGAUAUAUUUUAUUAACUGGGUACCCAAAAUACAUUUCCCAUAUUUGGAUGGUGAAGUUAUAUUAUGUGUUGUCUCUUUCCUCUGAGUUAACCAGUUGCACUACAUAAUCUCUAGAAAUUAAUCUUCUCUUUAGGAGAAAAUACAGUUAGGCUUCUGUGAUAUUGUAUUAGGAGGAUUUCAUGAAAGAGUAAACAAGAUUGCUAUGGUUUAAUUCUUUUUCUUUUUUUAAGAGAUUUUUAAAAAAUUUAAAACAUAAUUAUUAGCCAAUAUGCAAUUAUUGAAAACUAUGCAAAAAAAAUUCCAACUGUCCUGACCUAUAGCCUGGAGGAAACUCAUGAAAAAGUCACUUUUUUUGGACUCUGUCAUUGGUGGAAGAUGAAGUGUAAACUAAGGGGCUUUGCUUCUCCAACCACAGAAAGGAAAGUCAGAAGGAAAAUAGUAAUGGUGUUUUCCAGACUGUGAAAUUCAGUUCAAAUGUUGUUGUGUUCCUGUUACAAUAUUUAGCAUUAUGAGUUUGUGUGUGUAUGUGUAUGCUAACUUUAAUAUCUGAUUAUAAGACAGUGCUGCUUUGGUUAAUCUCUCUAAACGAAUUUAGAGGGGUUGACUUUUAUAGCUUGCUUGUUCCUGGUACUCUUUUGAAGUGCACAAGAUAAGUUCUAGAACUUUCUCCUUGUCUGCAAAAGGGGUAAUUUCCCAGAAGGCAUUUGGUAGCUAGUUGACAAGGACUCUGUCAUGAAUUUGUUAGUAGCAAGGAAUGAUUUGUCCAGCUUCCUUAAAUGAAUCAUUAGUUAAGUUCUAAGCAAAGUCAGUGAUUAGGAAUUUCACAUUUUUAUGAGGUCCCAACUAACCCUCUUACCCAGAUGCCACCUCCAUGAGUGAUGGUGCUUUAGGCUUCUGGAAUGUGUAAGAAUAGUAAAGGGAGCCAAGUCGGGGCUGCAUACUGGUAAACCAAAGGAAGACCUCGAGCUGUAUCUGCAUUCUAAUGCACUCCUUCAUAAAGACCACCAAUACUAAAAUAACCUCCUCCUACUGUAAAGAGUGAAUAACAGGCCAGUGUUGUCCCUGUGAGCAUGAAUUUCAGCUUGGGGCCCGUUCACAUAUAUUUAGUGCAUUGGAACAAGAUAGGCAGCUGGGACUCCCUUGAGGCUCCUUAGAAUUCUAAAUAAAAUGUAGAACCAUCUUAAGACCCAGGGGUGUGGACAAGGCCUGUUGAUACCAAAGGUGCUUGUAUUCAAUUGAAAAGGUGCCUAUCUCAAUUUUCUACCACCUUUAGUGCAGCAGAAAACAUCACACUGUAGGGACACCUGGUGGAAUUACAGGCUACCACCAUCAUUCUGACUGUUUCAUUUUCUAUAGUUUUACCCACAUACGCUUAUUCCCCUCCAUUCUUAAAAUCUUCCCACUCCUCAGUCCUGAAUCCUUCCUUCAGGACUGAGAACUGUGCCUGGUUAAUCAUUCCUAUGACAAAAAAAGUAACUCCAGGGCUAGUUAAAUUGUAAACCAAGGCUCAGCAAUGUGAUGGCAUGUGGACCAGAUGUAAUGCACAGCCAUUUUCUUUGCUCUGUAGCCCAGUUGCUGCUGCCGUGCCUCCAUUUUCACACCAAUGCACACAGCAGCAAGGCUUAACUGCCAUGGGUGAGGGGUCAGCCUUUCCGACAUUUCAGGUCUGUUCCCAGCACUUCCCACCACCCUUCUAGCCCAGAAUCAGCAGUCAUGCGGUAUAUCCUCCCUGACCCACCACCUCUCCUCCCAAACACCUCAGUGCACCUCAUUUUAAAAGUUGCUGACCCCUGAUUCUAGGAUUUUCUAGUUCUUGUCUUUCCAAAAUCUGAAAUUCUUUGAUUGUCCAGAACUGGGUAGCCAAAGCUUAUUUUGAUUUUUAUCUUAAAAAUGUCAAAUUAGUCAUUAGAGUUUCUCUUUUUAAGUAUAUCACUCUAGCAUUUUAAUGAAAAAGAAAAAAAACUCUCUAGGUUAUAUUAUACCAUAGUCAUGACUCAGUAACUUUAUAUCUUUUGUCCCUUCCGUCCCACUGAUUCCCUCACACGAGAUGAGGCUGUUUGUCUGACCGACCACCCAGUAGUGGAAAUCAUUCUUAUCUGUGUAUUUCCGGUUCACUACCUAUCUUAUUAGCUGACCAACUAAAGUUUACAAAACAGAAAGUGUUAGUAUUUCUGAUAUUUCAUGACAGUGAAAGGCUUGGUCACAUUUCCUAGUGCAACAGUGAUAUGGAGGGUGUCUAAGUUUGCCUUUGUGUUUCUCCUAGUCUCUGUUUUUUAUUUUAGACAGAUGAGCCAGUGUUAAGGUGUUACUUCAGAUAAUAAAUUCAAGAAACCAGAUAACACUGUGCCAAGGUAUACUUCCAGAUGGCCCUCCAGAGAGUAAUAUUCCUUUGAUACCUCACUCCUGAUAAAUCUUAUGCAUUAACCUCAGCUUCUCAGGAAUCCUUAUAACUCAUACGCCGGAAGUAACUGUAGAGUAUGGUAUCCAUUAUCUGUCUAAUUCUAUGGUUUGGCUCAAAGGUUGGCUAAUUGUGGCUAGAGCUCUCUAAUAGACUGCUAGCUCAGCACCUUAACACUCAGAGUUUCUUGUCUUGAGGCAAAGGAAAACAUUCUUUAUGCCAUUGCAAAUUCAGCAGUUGGACAUACUUAACCAAUAAAUAAAGUCAAUAUAGGGAGUAGCCUCAAAUGGCCACACAUCUCAGUGGCAAAAGACUAGAUAAUCUGUGAUUUAAAAAAUUAAUAUGAGUUGAGAGACUAGCCUAUUUUGAUAUUAGAAAGGAAAAUUGCCUGACACAAGGGAAGGAUUUACAGAAGAAUGUCAAUAAGUGCUUCAAGAGAGGAUUUUCCAGGGAGAAAAGAUCUGGUAGACGUCAGCCAUGAAAGGAAUCAGAGUUUAUAGAUUUGUAAAAGUGUAACUGCUACAUUUUGUAUCUUCAAAUAUUCAGUGUAAAGAAUGAAAGAAGUUGAAACAGUUCAUGCAUGAUUAGUUAUACCAUUGGAGAGGAGAAACAGGGGACUGAAAAUGCCAAAAUAGUGGCCACUUUCAAGAUCACUUCUAUUUGGAUGUUUGUUCAGAUACUCUCCUCUUUUCUGGCUCUAGCAUUCUUCUGGCUCAGUCCAGCUAUGGAGUAGAGGUGAUAUAAUUCACAGAACACAUAUCCUCUGGUAGAUAAUCUGACAUUGAUGAACUUGGAUUUGCCAGCUGGCAGAGGAAAUGAUUAAUUUGCUGAUUGAACCACAAAACAGUUCAACUGUUUGGCACCAGACGCUGAAUCUGAGCCCUUUACAGGAAGGGCAGAGCGAAGUAUAAAUUUCUCUAGCAAGUCUUCAAUUCUGUUUGAACAUGAAGAUGAACCAGUUCAGGCGUGGGGGGAGCAAAUAUGUUUUUAAAAACAGCGUGCCAUAGAGUCCAUCAUGGAAAGUAAUCAUUGCUGUAUGUUUUAAAUAUUUGAAUCACCUGUCCUGGUUGGGCAGGUUUGUUUUGUUAGGUGAAGAGCAGGAAGGUAUAUACCUGUUACCCACAGUAUCCUGUUUCUGUUUUCAUUUUUUAAAAAAUAAGUCCCAAGGAAUGCCAUUUUUGAGGUUUAAUUUUUAAUAGUGAUAGUGAAGACAAUGUUGAGAAUUUAAAAGAGCCAGUGUGUUUUAUAUUGCCAAAGUACUUCCUGAUGACUGGCUACAUUGUACUGUGAGGAACUGGUUCACCUGUACUGGAUCAGAGCCAAAUACAGGCCACUGAUCAGUUCAGAGAAAGCAGAAGAGCAUCUUUUAUGGUGGUACAUAGAGUAUUGUGCUCCUAAAAUCCUGAAAGACUAGAAAUUUAGAAAAAUUAGGAACUUAGGAAGAAAAUGGGAAGUAGAAUAUUGAGUUCUUUAAAAAAAUAGAUGUCUGAAUAUGUGGUCUGAACUUAAGUGUCCUAAAACUUUGAUUUUUUUUAACCAUCUCUGGGUGGCCUAGAUUCCUUUUAGAGACAUAUUUGAAAGUUAUGGCAGUGGAAAAGCCUCAGUAAGAAAAUAUAUGAGUUCUUGUAAGGUGGUGGGACGAAGGCUAUCCCAUGCCCCAAGCCAUAUAUCCAGGGACGGAAAAACUGCUUGAACGUGUGCUCUGAGGGGAGAAAAAACCAAGCGGUCUCCUAGAGACCAGGCUUUCCAAGCAAAUGAGAGGUUCAAAGCAGCAUUAUGCUGGAGGCAGUCUAUUUUUUAUGGAGAGGAUUGACAUAAAAUGAGACAUCUAUUCAUGAAGGUGGGCAGCAUCUACUGCCAUUGCCUAAGUGAUAAGCUUUAAGUAGAUUGUCUCAAAUUUUGAUAGCAAAAAAUUUUUAAUGUAUAUUUUUAGCCUCCCUAGUAUGUACUUGCUAUGUAUAAAAAAGAAAAAAGUGAGAGUUUUGCAGAUCACAGCUCAUGGAGCUGUGUAAAUUCAAAGUGAAAUUGACAUAGUAGACCUGUUGGUGACCUUUGCUCUACCUCAAUUUCAGUUGUUUGCUCCAAGAAGAGAAGUUCUUGGAAUGGUUGGUGUUAGCAACUUAAGUUACUCCCCAAAUGGUUGCUGGCCACAGUCUCAUUUCUAAAUAUCUGGAUCUGAACAAGUUUUAUAGUAAUGAAGUGAACAAAAUUGGUUUCUCCACUAUGUAGUUUGAUUGUGCCAGAUCACCACAAGGAGGAAGAAAGGAUAUGAUGUGCAGAGUUUGCAUUUCUUGGAUGGGACCCUUCAGGUCACCCAGCCUGAUCCUACCGUCAUAAAUUCCUACCUCUAAGUUCCUGCCAAAGGGUCUUCAGCCUCUGUGUGCACACUCAUUGAAUGAAUAGUAUUUAGUCUUGCCCUUUAAGGAGAAACAGCAUACAGUGGUAUAAAAAUACAAGGGUUUAAAAAAUUAUCUCUUCCCUCCUUCUCUCUCCUUCUUUCCUCCUCCCCCCCCUUUUUUUUCUCUCUCUCUCUCCCCUCCCCAUGCCCUAAAUUCAAAAUCUUCUCAACUGUUACAGAUGUGUUGUUUGGAUGUGGACUUUGGCAGGGAGAGAAAGGAUUGUUCUGAGAACAGAGAAUGGAAGACACUUCGGAGUUGAUAGGGCCAACGGCGCUCUGUUGUACUGUAGGGGCUAAAGCCAGUGGCAUGUGUUGGGAGUGUCGAGGGCCUUAGCAUCUCAGGGCAGGCAUAUGAAGUAUUUAUUGCUAAACCUUGUCAUUAUCUACUGGUCCAAGUCCAUUGAAAGUCAGAGGCAGUCUAGGAUUUGGUGAGUGAAAUGCCAUCUAGCAAAAUGGGCAUGAGGGAGUAGCCAGAGAUGGUUUUAUUGGGGUAGGAAUGUUUGUCCUUAUCAUAUUGAAUGUACCUCAAAAUAUAUGGUCCUUCAAGAGCGCUCCUUUUCCCUCCUCCAUAUCACUUUAUCCUUUCUCUGUUUUUCUUCCAUUGCCCUCCCUUUUUAGUACUUAGUUUUUUUUAAAAUAAGUAUUUACUUUAUUAUUGUAUAUUUGGUCCUUUGGGACUAUGUAAUGAUCAAGAAUUUCAUUUUAGAUGAAAAAUGAUGUUUUAAUAUUUUGUUCUUUUAAACUUUCUUUUGAAGCUAUGCUGCUAACCAGGUAUAGGCCAGGAAGUGUUGAGCCUGACAGACAGCACCCUGGUCAGACCACCUAGGGAUAUCGAUGUCGUAAUGGUGACUCCUCAUUUGACCAAGGCCAGCCUCCUGCUCUUGCCUCUCUCCAUUCAUUUCUGGCUAUGGGAAAAAUACCACCCACUGGGUGAGCCAAUAGGACCGGGAGGAGCAGAGGGUCUGGGUUCUAACCCAUGGGCCACUAUAUAAAUAUCUCUGUAACAUGCUCAUUUGUAGGGCUGGCUCCAAUUGUAGUAGCCAAAGAAAAGCUAUCUGACUCGACAUUCUAGUUCCUGAGAGUUGGUAAAAGUUCAACUGAUGCUAAUGUAUAGACAUCAGCAGUAGCUAGGCAUCCAGAAACUAGCAUCAACCAAAGCUAAUAGAGCCCGAGUUUCUGCAGGAAGCUUGGUGCUGAGCUAUUAACAGCAGUUAUUUAUCUGAGUGUUGCCAACCAUUUAGUCAUGCUUUCUUAGCUUUAUUCUAGCUGUUAGAGGUGUUGGUCCCCAUUUGUAGGCACAGUCUGUACCAAGCUGUGGCUCACUGCUCACUUCAUUCUGCUUCCUGGUCAUGCAUAGUAACAUAGUCUAAAAAGGAAGACAUGGGCUGGGGAGUCAGGAGACCUGGUUUCUAUUCCCUAUGCUCCUACUAACUAGCCUUGGGAUCUUAACCACUCUGUGCCUCAGUGUUCCCAUCUGCAAAAUGGGGAUAAUGUUAAUUGCCCUACCUACCUCACAGGGUUGUUGUGAGGAUAAAUUGAGACAAUGAAUGGAAAGUACUUUGAGAAGUGCUAUGCAAAUUGUAAGAAAUGGAAACAAUCAUGUUAAAGGCAAUGGAAUAGACAUUGCUAGAAGGGUUAAUGGGAUUGUCCAGCCCUUUCUCUGUGGCUUAUGCCCAGGUCGCCAUUGCUUUACAUUUUCACUUAGCACAGAUUUGUAAUUAUGCAUGUAAUAAAGCACAGCCUUAUCCAA